AUGCAUUGGCUUUUUCGGACAAACAUUCCUAGAAGAAGAUCCUCUUAUUAUCCUACUGAUGUACGGAAGCGUAACUUCUUCGGAAUGGGAGAAAUAGUCAGUGUUCUGACAAAUCCAGCAGAGACUGUUCGUUCACUUACAGAAUCCAAGCGACUUCUUGAAGAGGCUCGGCAGGAAAUCAAAGAGAAUCGUGAACGCUCACAAAUUCGCCCCAAACAUACCUUUUCCAGACUUCCGGGUUUCUUCGCUCGUCGAGCUGAAGCCAAAACGAUUGAACGGGCUUUGGAAGGAGAACCUGCAUUCACUGUUCUUUUUGGUGCUACAUCAGUCGGAAAGACUGCCCUCCUUCGCGAAGUUUUAUGCCGAGACUCGUACCAUGUCCUUCAUUUCGACCUCCGGAUAGCCGGGUUUGCAGAUCUUGCCAGUCUGUACAUGAGUUUGAGUCGUCAGAUGGAACAGUAUUUCGAAGCCAUGUCGACUCAGAUGGAAGGGUAUAAGGAGUUUGAGAAGGAGGCAUGGAGUUUUAAGCAUGAUCGUUUGAAUGUUGAACGGAGAAUGACAGAAGUCCCUCCAGAUUCGGGCAUCAGUCGAGUAAAAACCAGUGAUAUCGCGAGGCUUAUGGAACUAUUCCAGUCAUCAUUACUGAAAUACUGGGAAUUCAACCCAUACGAAGAAGAAGACCGGAAAAUAGAAAUGCGUAAGGAAGAAGAAAAACAUGGGUCGUCGUCUAAAACUCGUGUUGAUCCUUCCUGUGUAAAUGGCAAACGUGAAACCACUGGAUUCCGAAAUCUUCUGCACCUCAGGAGCAAGCACGAGGACCAAGGUAAGAAGAAACAACGUCUUGCAGAGCAUGAAGGCGAGUCAGAGAAGGAAGCUGAGAAACGGAAACGGCCUGUGAAGAAGAUGCCUGUCGUCUUUUUCGAUGAAGCCCAUAAAUUGCCGGCCCUCAUCCAGUCAACAGAGGCGAUGAACUGCAUCCUGAGUGCAUUCCUUGUCCUGACCAAACAGGAUCGACUGUGUCAUGUCAUACACGCCACUAGCGACCCAUUUUACCACACUUGGUUGAGACAGCUGAACGUCAUGCAACAUUGCAAGAUCAUAACCAUCGGGGAUUGUUCAAAAGCGGAGACGCGAGUAUUCUUUCGUGAACAGCUUCUACCUCGUGUUCCAGAGCACAUUCAGUAUGGACUUAAUUUUGAGGUGCUCUAUGAAGCAUUUGGAGGAAAGUUGGUGCAUUGGCACGAUUUUGUGACAGAUUACAUAAAUACCAAUGGUCGUCUUGACGUGAGACGAAGCUCCCAUUUCUUACAGGCACAUGCCCUGCUCAAUCUCCACAUCAUUCAUUCGUCUGAGCACUCUCCGGAGGGUGAGGGUCAAGAGGGAAAUUCAAACCCCAACCACCCUCCUUCAUCAUCACGCCUACCUGGUUUCAAGAUAUACUCCGCAAUCAGCAAUCCCCGUGGCCCAAGCGUCCAGGACCCAGACAGCAGUAGCACUGCUGCGACGUACGGUGAAUCAGAUUUCACGGCAAUGCAGCUACUGAGGGUAAUCAGCCGGAUCACUGAACCUGGUACAACAUACCUUCCGUACUUUGCACUAUGCCGAGAGUAUGGGGUACAUGCUGUGGAUGGUAUGGUCAAGGGAAGGAUUUUGGAUCUAAGGUGGACAGAGCCUGUGACGAAAGAAUUAGAACCAGAAGGGUCAUCUUAUCUAAAUCGUCAAUCGAGACCGCUCAGCGAUGAGGGAGACGAGAGCAAUGGACGCACACUUGUGGAUAACUCGAAUCAACUGGAAGGAAACCUAGCCGCAGCAUCUGAAGAAGAUAUUGUCCCUAUCCCAGAGCAGGAGGUAUUCUCGCAUAACCGCCGACGGAGAAGUUCUCGCUGGCGGAGUGUGUAUGAAGGGAGUAUGGAUUCUGUCAUUGGUCCCAAAUUGGUACCAACGACACCGAUCAUGAAGUAUGCGAUGAGAGAGGUAUUGCGCGAGUAUGAUGAGGAAGUGGUUGAUGAUGAUGAUGGUACAGUGUCAGAGUAUGCUUCUGCGGCAUCGCUCUCAGAUGUGGAAGAAUAUUGA